AUGAGAACUCUAAUACAGAUAGCUGUUUUAACCUUCGUGGUGUCUGUGGGCAAUGCGUCCACCAUGCCUGCUACGUAUGAUACGAUAGUGGUAGGCCUGGGGUCAGCAGGUGCCACAGCAGCCUCUACUCUGGCCAAAGCCGGGAGGAGGGUCCUGGCUUUGGAGGCCCAAGACAGAAUUGGGGGUAGAGUGAAGACUGUUCCAUUUGGUGAUGGUGUGGUGGAAGAAGGCGCAGAAUGGAUCCAUGGCACUGGUAUGAGCAGAGUAUACGAAACGGCGAUCAAAAGUAACAUAUCCGUGGUACCUCAGGAUUUAACAUUCAAGGUGUACAAGUCGGAUGGGUCAAUGGCGAAUGAUAGUUUGAUAAAUGAAUUGUUGGACUACUGCUUGGCAAGGAUUGAGGAUCCCCCUGAAAAACCCGAGGCUUUGGGCAAAUUCAUAACCAGGAGUUUAUUAGACUACCUAAAAGAAAACCAUCCAGACGUCCUAAAAGAUGAGGAUUUUGUAAAUGAAUUUUUAGAGCUAAUGAAUCUCCUUAUAAAUAAUUAUGAAGCAUCCGAUGACUGGAAUGACGUCAGCGCACAGACUGAAUAUAAAGAGUUGGAUGGGCAUCAACAUAUGAGCUGGCAUAGAUAUGGUUAUAAAACCUUUUUUGAUAUUUUAUUGAAUACUUACAAUAACGGCCCAGGUUGGCCAACUUUAGACAUAAAAUUAAACAAGGAAGUCACUCUAAUAAAAUGGCCGAAAAACUCCACCGGAAAUGUCGAAGUGGUGUGCAAAGAUGGCGACGUGUAUAGAGCUAAUAAUGUUAUUGUUACCGUCUCACUUGGGGUUUUGAAAGAGAGAUAUUCGACACUAAUAUCGCCACCCAUACCACAGACAAAAAAGACAGCUAUAGACAAACUGUCAUUUGGAGUUAUAGGCAAAAUUAUAUUAUCUUUCCCCCAAAGAUGGUUGCGUAGCAACAGUUAUUUGUUUUUUUAUCGGUCCGAAGAUAAAAAUAACUUUAGCAAUGAUACAUGGUUGACAAAAUUGGAGGGAGUGACCAGUCCGAGUGGUUCCUCUAAUACUGUCACAUUAUGGACUUCUGGGGAUGUGACUAGAUUGGAAAAAGUAAAAAUAAUCGAAAAAAUAUCCAUCGGUGUUAUGGAUAAAGUUAUAUUAAAUUUUGAGAAGCAAUGGUUGCCGAGUGGCAAAUUUUUCGGUUUCUUUUGGAGGGCGGAAGAGAAGAAAAAAGUUAGUAAAGAAGAUUAUUGGACGACCAGGAUUUUUGCGUGUAGCACCCCUAUGGGUUCGAGGACGGCCAUCACGUUUUGGACUAGCGGUGAAGUUGGAAAGUUGGUAGAAACGUUACCAGAAGACGUCGUGAAGAGGAAAGUGAUGGGACUCUUGAGACAGUUUCUUGGCAAGGACCUGACCGUGCCAGAACCUACGGGCAUGAUUAGAUCAAAAUGGUUUUCGAAUCCAUUCACACGCGGUAGCUAUACUUAUGACAAUUUGUUGAUGCACGAGUAUCCGAACGCGCGGGCGACUCUCGGGGAACCCCUCGUCGACGAGGCGGGGGUUCCCAAGGUGUUAUUCGCGGGAGAAGCCACAGAUUUAAUUCAUUUCUCAACCGUACACGGCGCUAGUGACUCUGGGUACAGGGAAGCCAUGAGAUUGUUGCCAUCUAGUAAAGUG